AUGGAAGCUAACACCGUUGCUAAAGCUUUAUUCUCGACUUGGAUUGCUCGAUUCGGCGUGCCCGCGCGUAUAACUACCGACCAAGGCCGUCAAUUCGAAUCAGCUCUUUUUGCAGAAUUAUGUAAUUUGUUAGGUACAAAGCGAAUUCGUACGACAAGUUACCAUCCACAAGUAAACGGCCAAGUAGAAAGAGUGCACAGGCAACUUAAGGCAGCAAUAAAAUGUCACGACGGUAACGAUUGGAUAUCCGUACUACCAGUAGUUCUUUUAGGUAUGCGUAGUGCAUUAAAGGAGGAUCUUGGAGCGACGGCAGCCGAACUUGUAUACGGCGCCGGAUUGCGUUUACCCGCGGAAUUUUUCCACGCAAGCAACCAAAAUCCGACUUCAGACUCCGUUGAAGCUUUCAAAAAGCGCAUCAAUAACCUGAAGCCAUCACCUACACAACGACACGGCGAAAAAAACGUCUUUAUUUUUAAGGAUUUAGCUACUACUCCUUACGUUUUUUUGCGCCACGAUGCCAUACGAGGUCCAUCCGACCCUCCGUACGACGGGCCUUAUAAAGUCCUCGAACGCAACGACAAAUCUUUCGUUAUCGAUAUAAACGGUAAAAAGGUCCGCGUUUCUAUCGAUAGACUCAAGCCCGCAUUUAUUGUAUCCGAUAACAUCGAAAACAAUGUAAAUAACAAAUGCAAUCGUGAAUGUUACGACGAAGUGGACUACGAUAUCGUAGUACAACGUAAUUGUGAUAAAGAUACGCCUCCUUUUGAAAUAGUCCCUGCACAUGAUAAUGCCAAGCAGUUUGGACCACACAACAUCAAUUGUAAUAACGAAGCGCAUGUUAAUGUUCAACAGCCAUGUCCUGCUAACAAGAACCGCUUUACCACUCGUUCUGGACGAAAUGUUCAUUUCCCAGACCGUUACCAAGCUGGUUUUUCAUAG